UGUCAUGCUCGUAAGCUAAACGAGCCCGUCCACAUUCGCCGGAAGAGGCGCCGUUCGCUCGUUCAUUCAUGCACAUCAAAUGGAACCACAUCAAACCCCGUCAAAACAACAGCACCAUGCAUCAUCCACUGGGAACCUCAUGUGCGCAAAACCUUUUUUUUUUAUCUUUUUCUCUUCCUCUUCUCCUCGCCGAAACCAUUUCCCCUGCGUCAAGAGCAGCACAGCCACACUCUUUGUGGGGGAUCAGACAGUCCUGCGUCGAUCCCAAUCUGUGUCGUGCAGUACGUCGAAAAAAAAAAGAAUUGUAUCUCUUCACAAACAAGCUGUGAAUCAUCCUCACUUGCUCACCGUGUAGUACAAACAACAGCCUCCAAAGAUGAACCACCAUGUCUUGUCCUGCAGAAACCUGAUGACAGCAACGGCAAUGCAUCAUGCCGGCAGCCAGCCAGCCUCGUCUUGGGCGCAUCAAGCGAACCAUUCAAUCUCCGACCGACAUUUCGAUCCAUUGCUCCACCGCGCACCCUAACAAAACGCCCCUAUCGUCAUCGCUCUGGCCCCGAUUCCACAACAUCCACAUCACUGCCCCCCCUCGUUGGAGAAACAAGCUCCACAUCCCUGUCGCCCAUCUUGUUCCCAUCUGUCCGUCCCUGGUUUUUCUUGCUCCCGUCAAACCUGGGGUCUCCCGGCACCCUUUUUGAUGAAUUGUGUCAUGGGCUUGAUUGGUCUUUU